GUACCUUUGAGGUACUUGAUUGGUUCUCUGCACAUUGGCUUUAAGUUGCUGUGGGAUCCCGUUACAAAACUCAUCGCCAGUCAUGCUGCAGGCCUCGAUAAAGCUGUGUUCUGGGAUUUAUACAGGCUGGUUCUAGAAGAUGCAGCUCAAAAGUGUGAGGAAUCUUUACACCAGACAGAUUCAACAGCUAGCACAGAACAGGAUCCAAUGGAGGAAGAUGAUGAUAACAUGAGACAACUUUUUGUGAAGAGCUGUAGAUCACAUGAAAGUCUAGAAAAACCAGACUAUGCCAACUUUAGAUUCUACCUGUGGAAGUCUAUGCAUCUGUUUCCUGACUUGUGUGAAAAGAAAAAUAGGGAUGUUGUUACUUUGUUGUUGAAAUUUAUGAGUAUGGAGUACUACAAUGUGGACUUGUCAGCGGCUCCUACUCAGAACUUAAAGAGGCAAGAGACUCAAGUGUUAUCUGAAGAGGAGGAGGAGGAUGUUGAGGAUGAGGAAGAAGAAGAGGACCAUAUGGAAACCAGGGCCCAGAGGAAGAGUAAAGAUAGAAAGAAAGGGAGGAAAGAGAGAAAGUCAGAAACGGAAGAAGACUUAAUGGAUGAUGAAAUUGUUGAGGAACAAAAGAAAAGCAAAACCAAAGAUAAAGGGGGCAACACAAAGGGUUCAAGGAUCAAGAGAAGGGCAGCUACUAGUGCCCUUAUUGUACAUUUGGAACUGUUCAGUAAAUUCUCCAGCCCCAAAUCCUUAUACAGAGAAACCGAAGUCAGACAUCUGUAUGAACAGCUAUUAUUUCACAAAAAUGGUAAAGUACAGAAGGUGGCCUUUAGCUGCAUCAUGACGUACAAACAUAAAUAUUUAGUGCCAUACAAGGAGAAUUUUGAGAACCUGCUGAAUGAUGCCAAGUUUAAGACAGAGAUUGUCCUGUUCAGUAUUGAUCAUGAGAACAGUAUAGUGAGUCCAGAACACAGGGACCAGGUGCUGCCUAUCUUAAUGAGGAUACUUUACGGUAAGAUGCACAGUAAGACAGGUAAGGACUCGGCCGGGAAGUCCCACAGUCAGUUCAGGAGGUCCAUAGUGUUCCGAUUCCUUAACGGCUGUAGUGGGGAGGAAAUCAUCAAGUUCAUGGAAAUGGUGUUUGAGAGCUUCAAACACUUUGUAUCUGAUGAUGCUCUGGUUAUGGUGUGUCAAACAGAAAAAGAAAUUGAUCUAUCCAAAGUGAUCCCUCUUAGGAAAAUGAAUGGGGCAUUAAAUACAGUGGAUAUGAUUGUGAAGAAGUUGGGUCACCUGAUUGAGGGUUACCUCCCCUCCCUACACUGUGUCCUCCUGGGGUUAACCUCUACCUGUGUGGCCUGUCUGGAGAGGAGGGAGGAGGUAUCCCCGGGGGCCCUCAAACCUCUCAAAAACAUCAGGCAGUUAUGUAUCACCCAGAUCAUGCAGUUCUAUGAUGUCUUUGACAGCUAUAAGUUUUCACCAAAAGAGAUAGAUGCCAUGUUUCAUGUUGCUGUCUGGCCACAGCUACCAAAACUUCAGAAUGAAGGAAUCUACCACCCAACACCCCUUCUUAAACUACUGCAUAUGUGCACAGCAAACAGAAGGUAUUUGACCUUGUUGGCCAAGUGUCACGAUACUGACCCUGAAUUGACCCCUAUAAGUGCUGUUCUAAAGCUUCUGAAUGCCAAGGAAGUAAACAAAUCUGUGACAGACUUCAUCAUUGAGAUGCUUAACAACCUGUUGUUAGGUGAAGAGGAGGAGGAAAUGGAAACCAUCACCAUGGCAACACCAGUCAAAGUCAACAAAAUGGUCCAAAUAAAUGUAUCAGAAGUAGGGCAGUUUGGAGCAGAGCUUUUGAAACCACACGUGUCAGAUAUUUUAACAUACCUACAGAAAGCUAUAAAAAGUAUCAAAGGUCACGGUAAAAGGUCACAGACUGCAGGAAAAGAGCUGUCUAUUUUGUCAAGAAUCAGUGAAUUUGUGACUGACCAAUCAGAAUGCCUGGCACUGAUAGAGCUCCUCCUCCCUUUUCUGGGGGAGGGGCUCAGUAGACUUCCUGACACAGAGGUCAACAUUCUGACCAGUAUCAGGAACCUGGUAGACAAGGUCAAGGACAAGAAAAAGUUCUACAGAUCAUUUUGCCAGCUCUUUGGAUAUAUCCAGAACCGACAGUCAAGAAUUCUUCUUUGCCAACUAAUUCAGGUUAUUGCUGAGAGUAAUGAAGAAUUGAAAGAGAUAGCACAACUGUUAUCAGAGUUGAAUGCAUGGGACCCUAAACACACGGAGGAGCCAGAUUAUAUGAAGAGACUGAAUGCUCACAAGAAAGUUAACGAGGCCAUCAAAGGGAUGGAGGAUGAAUUAAAUGUGGAUUUCCUGCUGCCUGUUCUUCAUUCUUGUUGCUAUUGCAUCAAAAAUAUAGAUGACAUGUCACUGAGGGAUAAUGCCACCCACACACUGGUUACCAUGGUGAAACAGUUCAGUCAUGUGACCUAUGACCAGGAUGUUUUCCGAGAUCUGAUUUCUAAUGGACUUAUUCAUGAAGUCAAAGCAGGCUUUAGGAACAAAAAAGAGCAUGUGCGACAUGAGUUCAUUGCUGUUCUGUCUGUAUUGGUGGAAAUGUUCCCAUCACAUGACAUGUUCUCUGACCUUGUGAUUCUCAAGGACAAAGACGUGGAGGCUGAUUUCUUUGAAAACAUACGGCAUAUUCAGACACACAGACGAUCAAGAGCAUUGAAGAAGAUGAACAGGACAUUACAGUGUCGACCAGUUCGUAAGGAGAUCCUGGUUUCUUAUUUACUUCCUCUAACCUCUUCCUUCCUGCUUGACGAGACUUUUACAAAAGCCCAGGGUGUGCAAGAAAGUGCCAUAGAUGCCAUGGGAGUUCUUUGUAAACAACUGCCUUGGCACAUCUACAUAAAUCAGCUGAAAUACUUUCUAUCUUUAUUGUCGAAGAAGUUUGAGAAGAAAAAACUUUUAGUCAGGGUGAUUGUUAAUAUUCUGGAUGCAUUCCACUUUGACCUCAGGAAUUCUCAACAUUCUGUUAACAAUUUACCAGAUUCUGUUGCAAAGAAGAAAGCAAAAGGAGAAAUAACAGAGGAGCCAAAUCCAUUUGAAAAUGAAGAAGAACGAGAAGCGGAAAACACAGAGGAAACUGUAGAGGCAAUACCCACAAUUCCAGAGGAAACUGACGAAACCAUGGAAACGACCCCAGGCUCUCAAACCAAACAGUUUGAUUCCAUGGUGAUAUGUUCAGUUGGUCAGGCCACCAGAAUCCAUUGUACUAUAAUGAAGUCUGUUAUCCCUAGCCUACAGAGGUGUUUGACAAAGAAGGAGAAGAGUGAAGAUGAACACAAGCUGGCUAGGAAUAAUAUAGCUGAGGACAGUGAAGUACUGAGAGUACCUAUAGCUCUAGCCAUGAUAAAGUUACUACAGAAUCUACCUCAUAAAUCACUGGAGCGCAACCUUCCAGGAAUCCUGUUGAAGGUUUGUAAUUUUAUGAGGUCUAGAGCUGUUGACAUCAGAAACACUGCCAGGGACACACUGGUGAAGAUUACCACUUCCCUAGGACCAAGGUUUUUCCCAUACAUUUUGUCAGAACUUAGAGGGACAUUGAGAAAAGGAUAUCAGGUCCAUGUGUUGUGCUACACAGUCAAUGUGCUCCUUAAGAAUCUGUUGCCUGUACUUAAACCAGGAGAGCUGGAUGUCUGCAGGAAGAGUCUCCAGGAUGUUUUCCAUGAAGAUUUAUUUGGACAAGUGGCUGAGGAGAAGGAGGUGGCGGGUGUUACAAGUAAACUGUUUGAGGCCAGGUCCAUAAAAAGUUACGACUCGUACAAAAUACUGGCUCAAGUCAUCAGUAAAGAAUCACUCAUGGCAUUCAUCACUCCACUGAAAGAGGUAAGGUAUUAUACCACAGAUGCAAUUCCUAACUGA